ACAAAGCUUUCACCACCCAACUUCAUUCAUUCAAUUAAACUACAAUGGCUAUCUCUCCAAUUUUAUUGAUAGCUCUCUUCUCUCUUAUUUAUGGCAAUUAUGUUAUUCCCAUUGAAGCUACCCACCAUGUUUACCGAACUCUUGAGAGUUCAUCUUCUUAUUCCUCACAUCAUGAUCAACCUUAUAGAACUGCCUAUCACUUCCAACCUCUCAAGAAUUGGAUCAACGACCCCAAUGGACCAAUGAGAUAUGGAGGACUUUAUCAUCUGUUCUACCAAUACAAUCCAAAAGGUGCUGUUUGGGGAAAUAUUGUGUGGGCCCAUUCAGCAUCAAAGGAUCUUGUGAAUUGGACACCAUUGGAUCAUGCAAUCCACCCAUCUCAACCGUCAGAUAUAAAAGGUUGUUGGUCAGGCUCAGCAACAAUACUUCCAGGUGGCAAACCAGCAAUUUUAUACACAGGAAUUGAUCCAAAUAAUCAUCAAGUUCAAAACAUAGCCAUACCCAAAAAUAUGUCUGACCCAUUACUUAGAGAAUGGAAAAAAUCACCAAAAAAUCCAUUGAUGGAACCUACUGUUGCUAACAAAAUUAAUGCAAGUUCAUUUAGGGACCCAACUACUUCUUGGCUAGGAAAAGAUGGUUAUUGGAGGGUAUUAAUUGGAAGCAAAGUACAUAGAAAGGGAAUUGCAAUUAUGUACAAAAGUAAAAAUUUUGUUGAUUGGUUUGAAGCCAAACAUCCUUUACAUUCAGCUGAAGGAACAGGAAUGUGGGAGUGUCCUGAUUUUUUUCCAGUAUUAAAUAAGAAUCCAUUAACCAUUGGUCUUGAUACAUCUGUGAAUGGUGAUGAUGUUAGACAUGUGCUUAAGGUUAGUUUGGAUGACACAAAACAUGAUCACUAUUUGAUUGGGACUUAUGAUACUGUUAAGGAUGUCUUUGUUCCAGAUAAUGGCUUUGAGAAUAAUCAAAAUGUGUUGAGAUAUGAUUAUGGGAAAUAUUAUGCAUCAAAAACAUUUUUUGAUGAUGGGAAGAAUAGAAGGAUCUUGUUGGGUUGGGCUAAUGAAUCUUCAAGUGUUGUUGAUGAUGUCAAGAAAGGAUGGUCUGGAAUCCAUACUAUUCCAAGGGUUAUCUGGCUUCAUAAAUCAGGGAAACAGUUGGUGCAAUGGCCAGUGAAAGAACUUGAAAAUCUACGUAUGAACCCAGUCAAUUGGCCAACCAAGGUGAUCAAGGGAGGUGAAUUGAUUCCAAUUACUGGUGUUAAUUCAGUACAGGCUGAUGUUGAAAUUUCAUUUGAAGUGAAAGAUUUUGGAAAGGCCGAAUUAUUGGACAAAUGGAUAGAUCCUCAAAUUUUGUGUAGUCAAAAGGGUGCAUCAGUAAAAGGUGGUGUUGGACCAUUUGGUCUGCAUGUGUUUGCUUCUAAAGGCUUGCAAGAGUACACAGCAGUGUUUUUUAGAAUAUUCAGAUAUCAACAUAAGAAUUUGGUUCUCAUGUGCAGUGACCAAAGCAGGUCAUCUUUGAAUAAAGAGAAUGAUAUGACCACAUAUGGGACUUUUGUGGAUGUUGACCCACUUCAUGAAAAGCUGUCACUAAGAACUUUGAUUGACCAUUCAGUGGUGGAGAGUUUUGGUGGAGAAGGAAGGGCCUGCAUCACAGCUAGAGUUUAUCCUACAUUAGCAAUCCAUGAUAAGGCUUUGUUAUAUGCUUUCAAUAAUGGAAAUUCUGCAGUCAAGAUCACAAGAUUGAAUGCUUGGAGCAUGAAGAAAGCAAAAAUCAACUAAACCUAAGAAGUAGUGAUACUAAUACUAAUUAAAGAAAAAUGAUAGACAUAAUGUUCUUUUAUUGGUACCUCAAGUUUCAUUGAAGUAUACAAAGUUUCAUUUUAUUUACAACAUUUGAUUUGAUAAGAAUUGUAAGAAAAAAGAUCCCUUUUGUGAACAAUAAUAAACAUGGUCAAGAAGCUUGUCAACUUAUUUUUAUCA